AGGGCGGGUCUGAACCAUAGGUCUGAACGUCUGAAAACACUCGCAUGUUCCCGACGCUCCAUUUCUCUCCCUCUCUCUCAGCUGAUAGUGACGUAGCGCGUCAGCUUUGACCAGCACAGGAGGCAAACAGGGCUGUCACUCAGUCAACUUGUUUUCACGGUGUGGACCGUAGAGUAGACCGCAGAGGCAACACGGUAGCCUGCAUUGCAGUAGACAUAUUGUGUUGUCAGAGAGUGUUUGUGUCGGGUCGCUGGAGAGGAGGACUGAAGGAGGAGGCUGUCCACGCGGCUGUCAAGAAGACAGGGGGAGCGCCUACAUACCAGAGGCACCGCUAUCAUAACUAAUUCAUUGUCGCUACAGACCGGUGGACAGGCUAACCUGCUAACCAAUUAGCCCGAAAGACUCACACGGGGGCGGUGAGGAGUCACAGGGGGCAACAUGGUGGACUACUAUAACGUCCUGGGAGCGUCCAAAACAGCCUCUCAGGAUGACAUCAAGAAGGCUUAUAGGAAACUGGCACUGAAAUGGCAUCCAGACAAAAAUCCAGACAACAAGGAGGAAGCAGAGGCAAAAUUCAAAGAAUUGUCUGAGGCCUAUGAAGUCCUAUCUGACAAGAGUAAGCGUGAUGCAUAUGACAGAUAUGGAAAUGACAGAAGGCCACCCACAGGUUCCUCCAGCGCAGAGUUUUCUUCAGAUUUCCCAGGAUUCACCUUCACAUUCCGCAAGCCAGAUGACGUAUUCAGAGAGUUUUUUGGCGGCCAGGAUCCUUUCGCUAACUUCUUUGAUGACUUCUCAUCCUUUGGAGGCACGUCUUCUCGCCUCGGCCCCGGGCGAUUCUUUUCCUUCCCUUCAGCAGGAGUUGAUUUUACAUCCUUCUCCUCUUCCAUGGGUGGUCUGGAUGGGAUGGACAGCAUGGGCGGCGGUAUGGGCCACUUCAAGUCAGUUUCUACCUCCACUCGCAUCAUGAAUGGCAAACGCACCACUACCAAGAAGACGAAGGAGAACGGGCAGGAGAGAACAGAGAUCGAGGAGGACGGGGUGUUAAAGAGUGUCCUAAUUAAUGGUGUGCAGGAUGAAAUGGCCCUCGCACUGGAGCUGAGCCGACGAGAGGAUCUGUCCCGUAAAUCUCCUCAGAAGCCCCGAAUCCAACACAGAUCACCUGCCCAGUGUGAGAGACCCCGCCCCAGCCCUCACUCGGCAGCCCCACACCGCUCAUUCAGCUCCGCCCCAUUCUACCACUACGGGGUCGCAGCUGGCAGUGAGGAUGAAGAAGUAGAAGAUGAAGAUCUGCAGAUGGCUUUGGCAUGCAGCUUGUCAGAAUUGGAUGCCCAGCAGAGAGCAGCUGCUACCGACUUCAUAUCAGACUCAGACUUCGAGGCCUUCACAAGCUAACCUGAUUGGCUCGUGCUGCCCUGAGGUCAAAGGUCAAUUCCCCAAGAUGCACUUGUCUCUCUCUGCCCAUCAUGGCCACUACCUGCUGAAUGAGACUUAAAUUAUUCAAAUGUGUGUUUUUAUAUGUGUGUGAGUGUGUGUACAUAGCUCAUUGUGGAGCAAGAGACUGGAACGUUUGUAUUUUGAAACCCAAGGAAAUAGUUGUAAUCUUCUCUGCUUUAACUGCUGUGUCAGCAGAAUGAUAUGCUGAAUUAUGCCUGCAAGUGGAAGCUGAUAAAUGAAACUAAUAGAACAAUGUUUUAGAAGAAGAGAAAAUAAAGCAUUUCUUGCUGACUAUUCUGCAUCAGACCAUAUUAGUUUGUAGACUUAUAAAUAAUCAAUAUAUAUAUAGAAUAAUAUAAGUGUUGUCAGGGUUAAAUAAUUGUAGUUCAAUUGCCAAACGUUCUCUUUAAGUUAAAAAAUAUCUACUUGUCAUUAUUGUAAUGCACUUGUUUUUGGCUGUCCCACCCUUUAUGCUGCAGGGGGCGCUGUGUACAGCUCUAGAAUUGCAGCUGUUGAUGCAUUUAUGAUACAUUUUGAAUAAUACAUGGAUUUUUAAUCAAUAGAUUAAAAUGCAUGAGACAAAAUGCCGUUUUAA